AGUCCUAAAUAAUAUGAUACGAUAAUUUGGCAACCAAAAAACCCAUCCCCAUGUUGAUAAUUCAUAGCGUGUCGUUAAAAUUUACCCAAAAACACGACAAAAUACUCGGCGUGUAAAAUACACGGUAUUUCACGUUUAGCGUGAGCUGGAAAACCCGGGAAAUGUCAUUAUCAUUUCCGUCCGGGUGCGAAUAAGAAAAACGAUCGCCACGAGAGCGAAGUGUAGCGAGGUAGUGUUUCACACAGGAAAAUCGGAGGAAAAUCGGAGGAAACCCGCAAACGACAGCUCCUCAGCACUGAAAGGAAAAGCUCCGACAAGGCGCAUACCAGCCACGCGGCACGUGCUCGCGGAAGAAGCGUAGAGGGCAGAGCCCCACUGGAAGGUGAGACACCUAACUGACCUAACAAACUAAUGGUUUAGUGCUAAUACCAUUCUAUUCACGGCUUCUAGGUGCACACACGCCCACCUAAAAGGGUAAAUUCGAGCUCAAGACUGCGGAAAAGAAAAAGAAGAACAAGAGGGUCGCUCAGGCGGCCUUCUUUUAUCCACCAUCAAGCACCUUCGAGGUUUCCAUCGAUUCCUGCAACUUUUGCCGGAGGAAAGGUGGCAUUUAGCCAUUCAGCAUCUCCGGAACUCUCGGCUAUAACUGCCAGCCUCGCCUCGGCCACAACGUGCCCGCGCUGGCAACUUCAAAGGUGGCAAUUAGCCAUUUAACAUCACCGGGAGUCUCGGCUACAACUGCCUGCCUUCUCUCGGCUAGAACGCACCCGCGGUGCAACAUCAAAGGUGGCGUUGAGCCACACAGCAUCCUCGUAGAGACACUUUGUUUCUAAGGCUCCCGUAGGCGUAGCAUCUAUUGUGGAAAUUAGCCAUUCGACUUCACCGACAGUCUCAACUGCACCUUUCGGCUGCACCUGCAGCGGUGCAAUCAACUGUGGCAUCUGACCACUUAUUGUCAUCUGCAGCUUCGACUGCACUUUACGGCUGCACCGGCGGUCGUGGAAUCAACUGUGGCCUUUGGCCAUCCACUAACAUCGGCAGUCUCGGCUCUACUCAUCGACUGCAUCUGCGGUCGUCGCAUCAACGGUACCAUUUGGCCACUCAUCUUUGGCAGUUUCAAUUGCACUUUUCGACUGCAUCCGCGGUCGUUACAUCAACUGUGGCAUCGGGCCACCUAUCAUCAUUGGCAGCUUCGACUGCACUUCUCGGCUGCACCUGCAGUGGUGCAAUCAACGGUGGCAUUUGGCCACUUACCAUCAUCGGAAGUUGCGACCGCACUUUUCAACUACACCCGCUAUCGUCGAAUCGACUGUGGCAUUGGGCCAUUCAUCAUCAACGGCACUACUCGGCUACAUCGCGGUCGUCGCAACAACGGAACACAUCGGUAAAUUCAUUUGGGGCAUGAUGCCGGAGGCGGCGAGAGGAGGUUUGCCCACACCAAGGCGGAAGAGGAAAAGCUUCGUGGCCACUCAGUGCGCUGCAGCGCCUUCAUGGAGAAUGCCGUAAGUUAAAUAGAAUCUGAAUGAAAAUGCUAUGGGGGAAAUGUGGGUAAAACGUUGCAAGAUUUAUAAAGAAACUCAAAUUUAAAGUUUUCGAGCGUUAUUAAUUUCGUAGCUUCGUCUACGGUAAGCGAUCCGUCACAAAUGGCGCCCAACAAAACGAACCUGUUCAUUUAAUUAAUGUUCGUUGAAGUUAAUGUUAGUAAUCACAAGUAUCAUUAUUUUUUUGUGAAUACUUUAUGAUUAUUAUGAUUAUUAUUGUUUGUUAAUAAUCAUUAUUAUUAUCGCUCUUUUUUAAAAUAUCGUAUCAUUCUUCGUAUAUUAUCGUAUCGUAACACACAUCUACUGGUUAUUUGAUCCAUUUACAAUGAAUAAUAGAAUAGAAUUAUUUCACCUCAGUGAUGAGGAAAUUGCAUACGAACUGGCCUUGCGCCAUGUAACAAACCUAGCACCUAGCACCAGAAGGGCGAAGGUUGUUAAAUUAAAGGCACUAGUCCAAGAGGACAUAUUAAGAGAAACUAAUUACGUUAGCUCUGAAUACGCGAUGUCUCCGGAAUCAAAUGUCGAAGCUUGUCAGAUGGCAAUUCAAGAACUAAAAAACUUCGUAGAUUUGGCUAUACAGAAUGGCAACUCGGAGCAAAUGGCUUGCGCUCGGUCGAGAUUGUUACAUUACCGGCAACGUUUGUCAAUAAUACCUCCGGUCUCUUCGGUAAAGGAAGCGCGAAAGAUUUUAAGCGAUUUGGUCGAGAUGUUGAUUUCUGAGAUCAACAGCGCUGUCAAUAAAGUAGUGCGCAGUGAUUCGGGAAACUUAAGUGGCAGAUUGAGUGAGCCGAUCAGUGAAAUAGCAGAAUGCAGAGAUGAAGACGACAAUCCAAGCUGGGGACAAGCGGUUCCAAAUCGACGUAGGGGAGCCACAGGUCAAGCACGAGAGCAGGUCGAAUGUUUUGCUGGAAAGCAGCAAGAGCAAGAGGACGUCCGGAGUCCAACGAACUUCAACAUUGAAGCGGAAGUGGGUUCAAGGUCCGUAGACGUUAUCGACGAGUUGCGUGUGGAUCUUCAACAUCGGCAGAGGAGACAGCGAAAUUUGGGUGGCAGUUCUCCACACUCCAGCCGAAGCUUCGGACACGAGGAGCAGCGGAUGGUGAAGGCGAUUCAUAACUGGCCAUUCAAGUUCCGGGGUGAAAAGGACACAACUUCACUCAACAUCUUCCUCGACAGGGUCGAGACGUUUGCCAGAUCCGAAGGGCUCAGCGAUCGAACCAUUCUUGCUUCAGUAAAGCAUCUUCUGUUGGAGGACGCACUUGAUUGGUAUUCUAGGGCGUUAGCCCAAGGUCUUCUUCUUUCGUGGUCAGCAUUCAAGCGAGAGAUUCGUCGGGAGUUCUUGCCGAGUGGAUAUGCACAAAUACUGCGUCAAGAAGCCAGUUUUCGAUAUCAAGGUCCCGAUGAACCCUUUGGCAAAUUCUACCGUGACAUUUCAACAUUAUUUCGGUUUAUCGAGCCGCCGCUCACCGAAGAGGAAAUGAUGUUCAUGGUGAAGAAGAACAUGAACAUGGAGUACGCUACCAUCGUUACAGCACGGCAACCGAGAACACUGGUGGAGUUAUUGGAUGUAUGCAGCAACUUCGAUGAAACCAGGUUAUUGCUAAGCAGACAGCGCAGGAUUCCAAUACCCCAUACAGCUCUAUUGGAACCAAACUUCGCUACACCGGCACCGGGUCGUGCACAAGCGACGCAGCAUCAACCGCAGCGUUUCAACAGGGUUCAUGCAGUGGAAGCCGAUAGUCAAGAACGAGUGGUAAUGGAGCAUCCGACUACGUCCUAUCACCAGACAGAGGAGCACACGACUCCACAAGAUUUCGUCGAUUGGCAGGAGAAAUACGAACAGUUGUACGAGCAAGUUUGUGCCAUGAAGCUUCAACUGGAACGCAGACCGAAUCGUUUCAAUACAGGGCUACAGCAGCAAAACUCUCUACAGCGACCGGAUCAGCGUCCGCAACCGUCUACAACUUCAACAGGUCAGAACAAUCUUAUGAAUCGGCAAGGCAGUCAAGCGGAGAACUAUCGAAUACAACAUCCGUUGCAACAGCAAGCUAAAUGGGCGCCGCGGCAGCAGCAGCAACAACAGCAGCAGCCUCAACAGCCGCAGCCUCAACAGCAACAGCUUCAACGGCAAUUCCAACAGCAGUAUCAAGCACAGCUCCAGAACCAGCAGCUUCAGCAAGCAGGCAGCGAUAUGUACGAUAUAGAUCCUGUUCAGCAUACAGCGUACCGUCCAGUGCUUUGCUGGAACUGCGAUGAGGAGGGGCAUAGGUUUCCGGAUUGCACGAAGGCACAGGCAAUUCUCUUUUGCUACAGAUGCGGUCGAAAAGGUUACACGUUACGCAGCUGUCUUGUUUGUAACAGCGAAGCGGAAAACGCCGCAGCGAGGAAGUGGUAGAUGGAGGGCCAGAUUC